AUGGUACUGCUUAAGUCUCGGAGAAAUGUUCACAGUCGUGAACAUGGCUUGAUGCGUUGGAUUAUCGAACGUCAAGUGAAAGCGAACGUGCGAGCCGACUGUGAAGUGUGGUGGACACAAAAAGUCAAGGAAAUGAAAGAGGCCCAGAAAGCCGGGAACGCCCAGAGAUUAUUUCAGUUAAUCCGUGGGACCGGUCCCCGGAAACCACGUCCCUUGCUCAGGGAUGAGAAAUCCAGACUACGUAGUUAUAUAAAUGACCGACUGAAUCGUACCGGAGAACGCGAAAAGCUCAAAGACCUUCUUCGAACACGCCUGAAUGAAUGCGGAUGGCGGGAAGAACUUAAAAACCAUUGUAGAGAGGUGAUUCGAAACCGAGGAUUGGAGAAUCUAACGGUCGAUGAUCUCGUCACCGAGAUUACACCCGUUGGUCGGCGUAUGGUUCCUGAUGCUGUGAAGCAGGAACUGUUAGACGAAAUACGGACUUUUUUGAAUAAAGAAGCUGACCACUUGUGAUUUUGUCUAUGCUGUAAAUUUCGGAUGCAUUUUUUACUGGCAUGUGUACUUCGAAACACUUAGUUCUAAACACUCCUGCUGAACUUCUUGAAGAUGGUAUUUUGACCCGUUCCAUAUAAUUUCAAUUGAUGGACUGUCGACCCUAAAUCACUCAUUUGUUCGUUAAAUAAACGUCAAUGAAGGCCGUC